AUGGCGGGGGCCGUCUGCCGGGCCGGGCGGGGACCCUUCUUGCCGCGCCGCGCCGCGCCAGGCCGCCAGGGGCUGCUUGCAGAGCCGGGCGGGCGAACUCCUUAUUGCUGUAAGGAGAAGGGGCGACGGCUUGUUCUGGCUACUUCAGAGCUGAGAGGGGGCAUUGAAUGUGAGGGGCUCGACGACAUGGGGGACGACGUGGGGGACGAAGGCUUUUCACUCGUUGAUAGCAAGAACUGGUUGAAGAUCGUAAGACGCAUGGAUUGUCUGUUGUUUGGCACAACAAUAAAGAAUAAGAGCCGCAUGUUUCGCAUACAGUUUGGUGGGGAGUCCAAGGAACAAGCGCUGGAACACUGCUGCAACUGUGUGCAAAACCUGUCCCAGUAUGUAACUGUUCAGAUGCCCGAGGGAAUCAUUCAGGAGCUCCAUCCAAGACCUGGCCCAUGGGCAGGUGGAAGCCAAGGGAAGGACUGUGCAAAGAGGUCCCCAGUGCAGCAUGGGUCCCACCAGAACAUGGAACAGCAGAGGUGUGUGGCAGCCAGCACAGGCACUGCAGAGGAAAGGACCUCAGUGAUGCAAUUAGCUCAGUCUAUCCUGGCAUCGGAGGAGCUGCCCUUUGUCUAUGAACAGUCUGCCUGGGGUGUGGAAGAGUUGGGCCCCUUUCUACGCUUGUGCCUCAUGGAUCAAAACUUCCCAGCAUUUGUGGAUGAGGUAGAAAAGGAACUUAAAAAGCUGACGGGGUUAAGAAAUUAA